AGCUUUGAGCUACAUUUAGUAUAUGGUUUUUCAACGCAACAUUAUAUUUAAUUUACACCGUGCAUAAUGUUUACAGUUUUCAGCACAAAAAAAGUUUUUUUAACCUGUGGAAAAUUACAUAUCAGCUUACGUGUUUUGUCAGGGAUUCAUCAUACAGCACUAUAUGAUUUCCAUGUCGAGCAUGGUGGGAAAAUGGUUAAUUUUGGCGGUUGUAUAUUACCUCUUCAAUAUACUGAUCAGAGCAUAAACUUAUCACAUUUGCACACAAGGCGAUAUGGCUCCAUAUUUGACGUAUCUCAUAUGUUACAAACUUAUGUGCAUGGGAAAGAUGCGAUGUCAUGUAUAGAAUCAAUAUGUACUGCUGACAUUAAAGGAAUGGCGCCUGGUACCGGAUCCCUAACAGUAUUCACUAAUAACAAUGGUGGAAUAUUAGAUGAUUUGAUUAUUUCGAAAAUUAACAACGAAUGUUUAUAUAUAGUCUCCAACGCAGCAACGAAAUCUCAAAACAUGGAAAUAAUUCAGGAAGCUCAGGUAUUUAACACAUAGGUUUCGUUUCAAUAUCAUGGUGGGGAAGAUAGGAAAGAAAAUUUAUAAUUUG